AUGGACAGCAGAACUGGUAAGAAACUUGCAAACACAUACGUUGAGGAAGAAUCAGGUGCAGGAGGAGGGAUGCUAGCAGGUGGUUUUGCCAAAGCCGUUGGCCCACCAGCAUUGGGAGUUGAUGACGGAGUAGGUGCACAUGUAUCGGGCCGACUUGAGGUGGGAGAAGGGGUGGCUGGGGUAGAAGUUGGCGGAUUGGUCCCUGGCGUGCCUGAGACUGUUAUAGCAAGCUUCUGCCCCGCUUGGCAGUGGUUACCGAAGUGCUCGCCUGCUGAGUCAAGAGUUAUGUUUGCUGAUCCAGUUGUGAUGGUACUACCUAUGGCAUUGUCGUCGCUACAUGCAUCAUAG